UCAACUAAGAUCAGUAGUGCGAUUCUGAAUCUUAUUUUAACCACAUUUCACGUUGUUAUCUCUAGUUAACAACUUUUUUUGGGGUUAAGUGAUUGUGUAUCAACUUUAACCAUAUUUGUCAUUGUUUAGUGUUAACAAACGCAGUCAGCUGUUUGGUGACAAUUAUUUUUGUGGUUAAGCUAACAGCAUCUAGUUUUUCUUUGUUAAGCUGUUGUUUACUAAUUUUGCUGUGAAGUUAAAUUGAGAAAAUUGUGAAGAUUGUGUUAAAAAAUGGCAUUUGCAUACAUUGCAUCAUAUUUAUAUGAUACCGAUAAUGAGCAGCCAUUAAACGUGCCAAGAAUUGACCGGCGUAGGCUUCGCGAAAUCGAUAACCCUUUCGAACUAAUGUUAACGGAGUUCCGGAGGCUAUAUAGACUCAGUCCCGGCAUGGUUGAAAAUUUGGUGUCUCAACUUGACAAUCAAUUAAGAGGAUCGCGAAUAACAGCGUUAUCGACUGAAAAGCAGGUUCUAGCUGCUCUACGGUUUUAUGCCACUGGAUGCUAUCAACGCCCAGUAGGUGAACAGUGGGGCAUAUCCAUGAGCCAAACAUCGAUAAGCCGUUGCAUACACCGUGUGACUGACGCAAUCAACAAUUCAAUGUUUACCUCCAAAGUGAAGUUCCCUAUGACGCAACUGGAGUGCCAAGCGGCAAAGGAAAUUUUUGCGUCUGCACCUUCACCAUUUGUAGCAGGAACUAUCGGUGCAAUCGACUGCACCCAUGUUGCAAUUUUGGCUCCCAAAAAUAAUGAAUCAAAUUAUGUCAAUCACCAUGGGUACCAUUCGAUGAACGUGCAAAUGAUAUGUGAUCCAAAUCUUAAGAUUUUAAACGUGAAUGCAAAAUUUCCGGGAGCACGACAUGAUUCGUUUAUUUGGAGCUUCUCUGCAGCGCGUCGGGUCAUGCAGCGAUCAUUUGAAACUGGAAAUCACAACACGUUUUUGAUAGGCGAUUCUGGAUACCCGCUGGAGCCAUGGCUGAUGACACCUUUACCAAACGAGCCAGAAGGAACACCAAAGUUUCGCUACAACGAGGCGCUAUGUAAAGCACGUAACCCGAUCGAGAGACUCUUUGGCGUCCUUAAAGGCACAUGGCGGUGCUUAUCACGGCAAAGAGUACUUUUGUAUGACCCCGGCUUUGCUGGCCGAGUAGUUAACGCGUGCGCAACAUUGCAUAACGUUCGUUUGGGCGAUCAAACAACCGCUUUUGACGAUCGGGUUGUUUAUGAUCCCGAAAUACUAAGCACUAAUGACGAUUCCGCAGCACCUUCUUCAGUAGCAAAACGUGUUCAGCAACGAAUUAUAGCAAAUUUUUUUUAAAUAUUCGUAUAACUUAAUAUAUGCCGUCAACGAUCGUCUCGAUAGUAGGCCAGCCAUCCACCAAGAGACGCAAAUUUGUUCAAUCCACGUUAACUAACGCCUUUAUUUGUCAUCCGUUUUUUUAUCAUCUUCCUCUGCACAAUAAAAUGGGCAACGCUUUUUGCAUUAUAUGUAAUACAUAUUCAACAAAUCAACAGUAUUUAUUUUUCACGUCCAAUGAACAUACUUGGCGAGCCGUUAAAUGGCACCGCUAAAACUGCGAACUAACCAGCUAAAUUUAUUGAUUUUUAUACCUCAAUGAAAAAGUUCCACACCUGCGCCGGCUUUAGUAGCAAUGUAUGCACGAUUGCUCGUUCAUACGAAAUCGAACCGGUGGACAUUAAAAGGAUUCUUGCAGCAAUUGUUGCCCUCUGUUUCCAAGCAUCAAUACAGCCUAUAUUGCUGAAAAUGUUCCUAAAUCUAUUACAAAACAACCAACCCAACAGCGCCCUUACACUGUCCGGGCGUUUCGCUUUAAACCAAUAAACAACAAUUGAAUUUGUGAGUGCCGGUGCUGUUGUGAAGGGUUAUUCAUGGAUACCACAAAAAGAGAUACAAAACUACAUCAAUGCUGUUGGCAUAAUACUCGCUUCUCUGCCUGAGAAAUGUUGGAAGGCAAAUGAUCCCCAUAGUGAGCCGCUGAUACCUAUGUGUCUUCAGUUGGUAAUUGCAUAGUUACUGCCGCGAGUGCGGUUCACAAUGCUCUUUGCCGCAUUCUUUUUGGCAUGGUCGUUUGUUGAACCAGCCCACAUAACAGACGCUCGUUUGGCAAGUUCUAUUUCCGUUGCUUGAUAAUGUGCGUACGGGAAGCAGUGAGAAGGUGGAUGGUGCUGCCUUGAGUAAAAAUUGUGAAGACUCGCUGGCCGCACUAAAAUCUCUGCAGAAAUUAUGCAUGACAAUGCAGACAAAUUGGCGUCACUUGCUAACGAGGAAACAGCGGAAACAAAGAUGAGGAAUUUGCAGGAUUGCAUGGAAUAUUUGGCUAAAUACCGGCAUUGAAAGCACAAAGAUCACAACGAAAAACAACCAUGCCAAAGAGGAGUUUAUGUGCCUAGUCAGGCAUUUUUAAUAGCGCUAACACAAAUUUUCUAGCACAUACAACUGCGGGGGUGAUACAUCAUUAAAUUCGAAUGUCUUCACUGGGCGCUUGGCGGUUACUGCUUUACUACAUCGAUUCCAAUACGUUUUGAAGCGUUUCAAUGACGACGAACGGCUGAUGGGCGCCGUGCAAGGGCCACAGUAGUUCAUUCCGGGGUAUUGGUCGUAACUAUCAGUGAAGUGCACAGCUGCCAAAUGCGCAUUAAGUCAAUUAAAGAACCAGUUUGAUAACAAAGAAGGAUCAUACCACAACAUUACCGGCACCCUGACACUUAUUGAAUAAGUACCAAAUAAGUAAAUACAUAUCGUCACCUGAAAUGCAAAAAGACGUAACAAUAUCGUAAAUGAUAUUGAAAAAGUCGUGACUAAUAUUUUCAUUAUUUUUUUCAUAAAAUGAUGUGGGAAGUUGUAACUCGUUGAAAUCCAUUAUAUAAAUCAAAAAGUAAAUUUUGAAUUUUUUAUUAGUUAUGACUUUUUGCAUUUUAACAAUGAUUUUUGUUACGU